UGACACCCCCUUCAGCAAAAGAUGCAGUACAGUUUGUAUGUAAUCAAAAUAUUAAUAGCAUAUAUACGUUUUCAUAUCUUCUGAAUCAAAACCAUGUCCAGUUCAUCAUUGGAUUCUGACGAUGGUAGGAUCAGAGUGGGCAAGCCCAUUGGUCGUCACAGGACGACACAUCAUAUUGGUGGAGGGAAAAAUAUACAUCACAUUCUUGGUGGAGGAAAAGUUGCAGAUGUGUUGUUGUGGAAGGACAAAAAAGUAUCAGCAGCAAUUCUGAUGGGGAUUUCAAUAAUAUGGUUUCUUUUUGAGGUUGUUGAAUACAAUUUCUUGACCUUGCUCUGCCACCUCAUCAUCUCCACCAUUCUCAUCAUCUUCAUUUGGAAUAAGGUUGCAGACAGUUUCCAAUGGAAUCCUCCAAGGAUCCCUGAAUUUUUCUUGGAUAAAUACACGUUCAGAGAAGUUGCCGACAUCUUCCAUGCAAAAAUGGACCAGUUUGAGUCCAACUUCUUUUAUGUUGCCUGUGGAAAUGAUUUCAGACACUUCAUUCUGGCAAUUGGUUCUCUCUGGAUGCUAUCAAUAAUUGGAAACUAUAUCAGCACCUUGAAUCUUCUGUUUUUUGGGUGUCUCUGCUUGGAAACACUGCCAUAUCUGUACGACCUGUAUCAGGAGGAAGUUGAUUAUUAUGUUGGCCGAGUGAACCGCAGGAUGAGGAAGUCAUACAAGAAGUUCGACAAGGAAGUUCUUACGAAAAUUCCAAGAGGGCCAGUUAAAGAACACAAAGACAAAUAAAAACACAAAGUGCACAUAUUUUGGUGGAAUAUUCACAUUAUUUAAAUUUCACUGUAAAUAAAGCUGUAAAUUUGUUGUACAAUAUUUGAAAUCGAAAUGAAAGGUGGUUGUGCUUGUGAAACUAA